AUGGCGAGUUGUGGUUGCACAACUAUUAAGGUUAAAGAAGGAGGUCGGUCAUUUUGGGGAGUUGGUCUUCUAGUGGUCUUAACUAACAAAAAGAGGAGAUUGGGCGGUGUGAAGGCUAGCGUGUUAAUAGGAGAAACUUUGGGUGGUGGCGCCGUUGGUAUGGGUUGGAAUGGAAGAAGAAGAUAUGAGUUGGUUUGUGGUGGCCUCGAAUUGGAAUGGGAGGAGAAGAUACGAGCUAGUUGGGGUGGUCUUAGGCUAGAACUGAAAGAGGAGAUGUGGAUUGGUUGGUUGUUAAGUUCGUACUGGAUGAUGAGGAGGAAAGGGUGGUGGUGCUCGAGGCCAAAAAAGAGAAGGGUAGAGGAGAGGGUCAUGAUAAUCUUUGGAGAAUAA